CGUCAAUUCUCUGAUCAGAAUCUUGCGACCCUUGACUCGAAAUUGCGAUUCUAGUGAUAUUUGGAAUUUUGUUGCUGUUAUAUUAAAGACAUUCAAAUUUGCAGGCUUCUAUUAAUUUACAUCUCUGCGAUGAUGUCCCUGCCGUUCAACACAAAAAGCUUUGCUAACAGGCUGUUUCUGGGAAAAUGUUACAACAUUUGGCGACCUUACAUCAGCGGCUCGGCAGAUAGUGGUCGGGCAAGUAAUCCUAGCGGUUCCACUGUAAAUGUUCCUUCGAAAGAGAUUGUGACCCCUCUACCGCCGCUGUCGGAGCCGGUACCGGAUUUGCCACCAGUGCAGUACGCUCGUCCCGGAGAUCGAAGCAAUGACACACAGGUCACCAGACUGUCCAACGGGUUGAGGGUUGCGUCGGAGAAUCGGUUCGGUCAGUUUUGUACCGUGGGAGUGGUUAUUGAUUCGGGUCCGCGAUAUGAGCUGUCCUAUCCAAGCGGGAUUUCACAUUUUUUGGAAAAAAUGGCAUUCCAGUCAACGGCAUCAUUCGGAGAAAAGGAUGUCAUUUUCAAGGAGCUGGAAAAACAUGGCGGAAUUUGCGAUUGUCAAAGCUCGAGAGAUACCUUCGUGUACGCUGCCAGUGCAGACAGUCGUGGACUGGAAUCCGUGACAAGGAUACUGGCCGAUGUAGUAUUGAGACCAAGGUUGGAAACCGGGGAAGUGGAUAUGGCUCGUCAAACGGUCAAGUUUGAGCUGGAAAGUCUGGGAAUGCGUCCGGAACAAGAGCCUAUUUUAAUGGAUAUGAUUCAUGCUGCAGCAUUUAGGGACAACACGCUAGGACUUCCGAAGCUUUGUCCCAUUGAUAACGUAGAGAAAAUUGACCGUAAUAUGUUGCUAGCCUAUUUGAGACACCAUCAUACACCGGAUCGAAUGGUGCUGGCAGGAGUUGGAGUAUCUCACGAUGAAUUGGUUCAGCUGGCAGAAAAGUUUUUCGUCGAUGGAUCCGCUACUUGGGAAACGGAGAAAAGUUCAGCAAAGGAACCAGCCGGAGUAGACACAUCCAUCGCACAAUACACGGGAGGAUCAAAAUUGGAGGAAUGCAUAAUUCCGGUUUAUGCAGCUGUUGGUCUUCCGGAACUUGCUCACGUAGUGAUUGGGCUGCGAGGAUGUUCCCAUCAGGAUAAUGAUUUCAUUACUGCUUGCGUACUGAACAUAAUGAUGGGCGGUGGAGGAUCGUUUUCAGCCGGCGGCCCAGGAAAAGGGAUGUAUACUCGGCUGUAUACGAACGUGCUAAACCGUUAUCACUGGAUGUAUAGCGCCACUGCUUACAACCACGCUUAUGGGGAUUCCGGAUUGUUUUGUAUCCAUGCCACUGCUCCCCCGACUCACGUGAAAAGUCUUGUCGAAGUUAUUACCAAGGAAUUAUACACAAUGCAAGCGCGACCCGGAGAUCAGGAACUAAGACGAGCAAAAACUCAACUACAGUCAAUGCUUUUGAUGAAUCUGGAAGCACGACCGGUUGUAUUUGAAGAUAUUGGCCGUCAGGUUCUGGCUACUAGUGAGCGAAGACGACCGGAACACUUUAUUCAAGAAAUUGAGAAAAUCACUGCCGAAGACAUUCAGAAUGUGGCCAGGAGAUUCCUCUCAUCGCCGCCGGCUUUAGCUGCUCGAGGCGAAAUUAAAGGUAUUCCUGAUGUGAAAGAUAUUCAGACGGCAUUGGCAAGUGAGGGAAGACUGCCGGGUAACCGGCGGUUAUCUUUGUUCCGGUAGAUCCUCUGAGAGCAUAAAAUGCAUUGUUGGUUGCACAUACAGCAGCCGCAGUCAACCGUAAACGAAACUGUGAGUAACGUUAGAUUUAAUUAUGAUUUAUGUUAUACAAAUUGGAAUGUUUUAAAAAUAAACAAAGCCUGUAAAGGGAAAAA